GAGGCAGCAGCAGCGUCGUAGUAGAAUGCAGUGCUGCUGAGAGAGAAGGAGGCGAUAGACUGAAACAGAGAGGGAGGGAGAGAGGGAGGGAGCACAGCCGGCGGAAUAUUUCUUCCCCCAGAAAACAGAGGAGACCGGUCGUCCUCUCCUCUCCUCUCCUCUCCGGACAUGUGCACCCAGCAGCAGAAGCAGCAGCAGCAAUAGUAGCAGCGGCGGCGGCUGUGGCGGUGCUGGCGGCGACGGCGCGGCGUAGCCUACUACGUGUUUUAGGCUUCUUUUGUCUUUAAUUCCCCCUUUUUUGUGUGCUUCGGUAAUGAGCUUGCUGGGGGCCUACAAGAAAAAGACCAGUUACGAUGGCUAUGAAUCUUUGCAGUUGGUCGAUAGCGGCGGAGACAGCUUCAGUGUCGGCAGAGGGAGCAGCAGCAGCGGCAGCGCCACACUCGCAGGCUCCAUAGCGGCCACCCUUGGACCGAAGGCAGGCCCGCUGAGAGAGGAGGACUGCAGCACCAUGGACAGCUCAGAUAUGGAUGCCAAUUAUGGCGGAGGGUUGUUGGAUAUGGUGAAGGGAGGAGCCGGGAAGUUCUUCAGCAACUUCAAGGACAACUUAAAGGACACGCUGAAAGACACCUCCACCAAGGUCAUGCAUCAGGUUGCCACGUACACUAAAGGGGAGCUGGACAUCGCCUACAUCACAUCACGGAUCAUAGUCAUGACCUACCCGGCGGAGUCAGUGCAGAUUGGCUACCAGAAUCACAUAGAGGACAUUCGCUCCUUCCUUGACAGCCGCCAUGCCGACCACUACACUGUCUUCAAUCUGUCACAGCGCAACUACCGCGGCGCCAAAUUCUCCAACAGGGUUUCAGAAUGCAAUUGGCCUUCCCGCCAGGCUCCCAGCCUCCACAACCUGUUCGCUGUGUGUAAGAACAUGCACAACUGGCUCAAACAGAAUCCCAAGAAUGUGUGUGUCAUCACCUGCUCGGAUGGUCGUGCUCCCUCGGGUGUUUUGGUUUGUGCCAUGUUCUGCUUCUGCCACCUCUUCAACAACCCGGUUCCUGCCAUGCAGCUGCUCAGCGCCAAGAGACCAGGUUCCGGCCUCUGGCCUUCACAUCGCAGGUACAUAGGCUAUGUGUGUAGCAUGGUAUCUGAGAAGCCCAGUCUACCCCACUCCAAACCCUUGAUGAUCAAGGGUCUCACCAUGAGUCCGGUCCCCUGCUUCAACAAGCAGCGCAGCGGCUGUCGGCCCUUCUGCGACGUCCUCAUCGGGGAGACAAAGAUCUUCACCACUGCACAGGAGUAUGAAAGGAUGAGAGAGCACAGGGUCCAAGAGGGGAAGGUAGCGUUCUCCCUGGGUGUGAGUGUGCAAGGAGACGUGGUCGUUUCAGUCUACCACAUGAGGUCGACCAUCGGAGGACGUCUGCAGGCCAAGGUGUCCAACACUCAGAUCUUUCAGAUCCAGUUCCAUACUGGCUUCAUUGCUCCUGGCACCACCAUGUUAAAGUUUAACAAACCAGAGCUGGAUGCUUGUGACUCUCCCGAGAAGUAUCCCCAGCUCUUUCAUGUGGUACUGGACAUUGAGGUGGAGGGGGUGGACAAGCAAAAAGACCUGACGCCCCCGUGGGAGCAGUUCCCCUGUAAAGACCUCAGUCCCAAUGUUCUCUUCUCCUGCCACCAGGAGCAUCAGGACGCGCUGGCUAUUGCUGAGCCAAGCCGGCCCCAUGGAGGUCCAGAUGGUCGGGGCCACGGCGAGGAGAGCGAGCCCUCAGAUGAUGAGAUGCUCUCUCUCUCCAGCCAGCGAAGCAACGCCAGCGCGGCCCCCCAGAAGCCCGACCCCCCUGCUCCGAUGGCCGACGCCCCUGCGCCCGCUGAGGAAGUGGAUCUUCUUGGCCUCGAUGGGGAGGCGAUCAGCCGUCCCUCACCUCAGCCCCCGUCUGCUGCUGCCACAACCACUGACCUCCUAGGGGACUUGUUCGGGGGCCCACCUCAGCCAACAAGUGGGGCGUCAUCUGCCCAGUCCACACCACAUAAAGUAGUCCCAAACACUGCCUCACCAUGUCCCUCUCCUGCGCCAACAGUGUUUGAUCCCUUUGGGACCGGUCCCAUGCCCAAGCCUCAGGACGUGAUGGGCUCAUUCCUUGGACCAGGUAACGUGGGGCAGCCAGACCCUUUCCUGCAUGCUGCUCGCUCUCCAUCACCCACACUGCAGCCUACAAGCUUGGGCCGGAGUUCCCCUGUGCCGCCCACCACCCCAACCGUCAACAUUCAGCAGCAAAACGCAAAGGGGGGAUGGGACUGGAACAGACCUGCUACUACAAGUACAGGAGGAGGCCUUGGUAUGGGUAGUCGGUCAGCUACUACUAGCCCCACAGGCUCGGUCCACAGCACCCCCACCCACCAAACCAAGCCAAACACCCUGGACCCAUUUGCUGAUAUAGGCAACCUCGGGGGAAGCCUUGGAGGUUCUGGCUUCUCCAGCAAACCCACCACUCCUACUGGAACUGGCCCCACCCUCCCCCCCAUGGGCUCCCCAUCGCGACCUCCUCCAUCUCCCCAGCACGGAGAAGGGUGGCAGCCCCACACAGGAGCAGGCUUUCCCUCGUGGCAACCAGGUGCUGGAGGCGGUGGAGGAUGGCAACCCCAAGGACAGGGCCCUACCCCGCAGCCAAAGCCCAGCCCCAGCCACACCGCCAUGCCUCACACAUCGCCCCAGAACCGACCCAACUACAAUGUCAGCUUCUCUGCGAUGGGAGGGGGCUCGCCCAGCGCAGGGGGCAAAGCACAGGCUAGCAUGGGUUCUAAGCCCAAAGCCACGCACGCCAACUUUGAUGACCUGCUGUCUGGUCAGGGCUUUGCAGGGACCAAAGAGAGGAAGGGGCCCAGGACUAUAGCAGAGAUGAGGAAAGAGGAAAUGGCCAAAGAGAUGGACCCUGAGAAAAUAAAGAUUCUGGACUGGAUCGAGGGGAAGGAGCGUAACAUCCGUGCUCUGCUGUCCACCAUGCAUACUGUGCUGUGGGAGGGAGAGACGCGCUGGAAGCCUGUGGGCAUGGCUGACCUGGUUACUCCAGAACAGGUCAAGAAGGUCUACCGCAAAGCUGUUCUGGUUGUCCACCCAGAUAAGGCAACAGGACAGCCCUAUGAACAAUAUGCCAAGAUGAUUUUCAUGGAACUCAAUGACGCCUGGUCAGAAUUUGAAAGCCAAGGACAAAAACCGCUCUACUGAAUGAAUAGUGAGAGGAAGUGAGCGAGGAGAGGACGCUCCUCCUGAUUCUGUCAUCUAAUCCUAAAAAAUGUGUCACCACUUCCGGUUAACAUACUCCAGCUGCACCCUAUGACAUCUGCCUUUAUACCUGUGCUUCGACCCGUACUUCUCUUCUCGCCACACACAAACACAGAACAUCCAGUUGAUCUGCAAAGAUGGCAAAAGAACAACAGCGACUAACAGUGCGACUGAACAAAAGACUCCCCGUAGCUCAAAUGUACCGUAUGUAUGUGGUGCAACAAUGUCCUUCCUUGUUGAGUGUCCUUAGCCCUGAUACCAACCCACCAAUCAAAGCAGAGUCACCGGGACGUCUAGAGUAACAAAAGAAACGCUUGAUUCAGAGGAGACGGGUCAAAAGAGACGGCGGAGACACGAGAUAAGAGAAAAACACAUCAGGGAGUGAACUGAACAAGCAUUUUAACAGACUGCUCUAAAUAAAGGAAUCAGGGCGCCAGAUAGUCUGUAAGGCACAAGUAAGCAUUUAACAAGCAAUCAAGCCAUUUUACCCACAAAACAUCCUGUUGUACUUUGUGUGAGAAUUGGAUCCAGGAUCAGUUUGGUCAUAUCAAAUCCACAGUUUUUCAUGCAGUUGAAUGUCCUUAGAAGUAUGGGAAAGAGCAGCAGCAUCAAGUUACUGUAUGUUUUUCACUGACAAACCUGUCUUCUGAUCAAAACAGGCUGUUUGGAGGGACGAAUUAACGACCUAUCUAAUUUAGAAAAUGUUAUGUAAGUGCAAAGAGGAUGAAAGCAACUGCUAUUACAGCUUUUGAAAAAGAUUGUGAUUACUGGUUGGCGCCCUUCUCCAUUAGCCUUAUUUAUUUAGCCUGCUGAGGAUAACUGAAAAUGAAAAUUAUGGGGCUCCACACUAGAAACACAGGUCAGAGGGCGGCUACAGUUUCACUCCCCGACUUCAGUUUUCAUAUGACAGAUUAACAAAAAGGUGUUGCACUCAUUGGUGUGUCUGAUGUAAUCAAGCCUUGAGUGUUUCCAAGCUUGUGGGGAACUGAGGAUUGUAUACUGUAUUUUACGAUUAGCACAUGUACAGUUCCAUACAUGAAGCACCUCGAGGCCUCAUGCACAUUCACUCAUACAAUAGCAUGUAUUUUUGCAAGGGAGCUCCGCGAAAGCACAAACUUCACUCGGUGCAGCUUUGAAAGGAAAGCCAUUGUUGUUAUUUAUUUAUUUGCUCAUUUUUGUUUAUCUGCUUCUUUUUUUUUGUUUUGUGUGUGAGUGUGUGUCAAACCUGCUGCGUUAUUUAUGGUUUAAAAGAACUGCACGUGUCAUCUGCUAAUGUAUGUGAAGGACAUGUUUGGGAUUUUUGGGCCAUUAUGUUUAACUCAUUAACAGGCUGACAUGCUAGCAAAAUACGGGAAUCAUUUGUAAGACUAUGUCACUUUUUCUGUGUGUGUGUAACAUUAUUUUUUCCAAACUACAGAAGUGGCAGUCAGGUGCUCAAACACUGCAGUGCUGCUCAUCUGACAUUUCUGUUUGCCCCACAAACUCCGUACAAUGCAGAGAGAGUGGUGGGUUGAUUUUACAGGAGUGGAACAUGUUUUUAGAAGAUGAUAUUAAUGAACUUCACUGUAUCUCACUUUUUCAUACCUCAAAUUCCUAAAUUCCACUCAGAUCCCACAUAUAUCUGCUGUCAGUACAACACUGUUAUCAGAACAUUUUCAGUGAUUGCAACAUGUUUUAAGCGGAGACACCCCGGGUGAAUACGGUAAAAUUUUUAUUAACUAACAGAUACCAUGCCAGUUGAUAACUUACAGUAAAACCAUUAUUUUUUUACAAGUUUUUUUUAGAUGUGCUGAUUUGCGUGCAUUUCCAAAACAAAAAUGUGAACAUUGCAUAAACAGAGGGAAUUUGGGAUGUAUCCUUUAUCACUCCAUAAAUCAGAAAACACUGUCAGCAGCCAUAAAAAACAUUUUUGCCAUGUUUUUUAAGAAAUACAAUGCUAUAUAAAUCAGGCUAUGAAUAAUAUAUGAACAAACCCCUCUAUAAAAACAUUAAGAAUAUAGACAGGAAUACAUCUGAGAAGUCUGGUGUAUGUAAGUGUUACUGAAGUUGAGAUUUCUGGCUCAGAAUUUGAGCAAAAACUUUUGAGGAAACAGUCUUUAAAGAUAAAUAUUGUAAAAUACCAUAUAAUUAUAGACCAAAUUAAGACACUAGGGGAAAAAAAUGAAACUCCCAAGUUGAAUACAUACACACAUAAAAAAAUUAAUGUUUGUAUUGCAAGUUUUUUUUAAGUUUAAUGUUUAAAUACGCAAAUGACACAAUUUAAUUUUGCUGAUGUACAUUCGCUUUUUGCAUAAAUUUCCAGAAUAGAAAUCUGGACUGAAAUAAAUACCUGAAAGUGUAUUUGUAUUUUUUUCCCCCCACUAGUCUGACAAAUCGCAUUAUAGAUGCAAAACAGCCCAAAAUCUCAAAAUUGGCCACUGCAUUAAAAAAAUCUGUUUUCACCUGGGGUGUCUUGUCAUUACUUUAUGUCAUUUGUUUACACGUAUGACAUUUCUGUCACGGCACUGACACUUUGAUUUAUAAUUAUCACGCAGCUUUAUGUCUGAAUGAGUCAAAUUAACACUUACAUAUCAACAGCAAGGUAAAACACACAUGACUGUCGAUGUAAUGUUCUCUACGUAUAAUUUCACUAAUAUUUCGACUGAUGUGAUUGUUUCUCUGAAUGAUGGGACUCUGGACAUCGUCUCCUUGUGUGAGAAGUAUUUCACAUGGUCGUGGGAUGAAGUCCAUGGGCCAAUGACAAACAUAUGCAAAAACAGCAAUUAUACUAAAUGGAAACUGAAGCAGUUCUCGUUAUUUUCAAAGGUGUGAGGUUUUAACAAGACCCAAAUAUGAUUGACCCAUAAUAUCCUCCUAACUGCAGAGCUCUACUGUAACUCCUAUUAGAGCUAUUUUAUUCUGUUGCCUUUAAACGUUCUUGAACUCAUCUUAACAGCAUUACAGUUUUUAUGCUCUCUGUUUUGGAGAUGUAGAUGAAGGACUAGAUCAUUUAUUUGGUUGUAUUUAAUCCUUGUUAACCAUCAUAAUGUUUCUUCCUCUUUGUUAGACUCCAUUAUCACAGGAUUCCCGGUUUGUUGAUCCGUCUUGAGGAUGUUGACUGAAUAAUGAAAAAAAGAAUAUGACUGCUAUAAAGCGCUGUUUCUUCAUCUGGGUUUGGGCCCCAGAGUUGAUCAUAUACAGAGACUGGUGACUGUAAUGGGUCCCUGAACAAGACACUGGGUCUCCGACUGAAAACGCUGGACUCUGGUUAAUAAGAGGCUACUGCUUUCUUUGGUGACCUUUUAGACACAGGAAGUGUGUAGUGUGUGCUUCUGUGCUCUAUUUACACCAAGGACCUACAUGUGAAAUAACCCUCAUAAGCUCCCUCGCUGACUGGAUUCUCUAUCUGCAAUCUUGUGGCUAUGUUAAAAAGCUAACCUCUAUAUUGUAGUCAAUGGAUGUGUGUUGUUUGAAGUUGUGGUCUGUAUGGAAGUGAUCAGAUUUGGAUACAGACUGCUGUACGUUAUGUGUUUGCCUGUCUGCUGUUCAAGUAUUACUAAGCUGUGUAAAAAUUCUGUUCAUGUGUUCCUUUUCAGGUCUGUUUACCAUUACAGGAUGUACAUAAUGAUCAAGUGCAGUGCACAGAAAUAAAUAGUAAACAGAAAAAGCA